AUUCCCAACAUUCCCACCUCUUCAUCUUCAUUCAUCCCUCCCUGCAAAAUUCUCACCAUUUUCAAUCUCAAUUCACAAACAAUUUCCUCUCCUUCCUCAAUUCCGAGUGCAGAUUACUACAAUGGCGGAAGAGUUCGAGGAAUCCGAGGUCGUCUUCAACGCCAACGACGAAUUCGCCGCCGCCGAUUUCAAGCUGAGCUCGAGAGAGCUCUUCGCGAGGAGCGAGAAGGCGAAGAGGAAGAUGAUUAAGACGGUUCCGAUGAGCAUCCCGGAGAAAGUGUCGUGGCUCCGGUACUCCGAUCCCGAUUUGGAAGCUGAUUGCGGCGGCGGAGAGAUGGUGCCUCCGCACGUCAUCGUGGGGCGGCGCGUGGCCGGAAAAGUGAUGGCUUUCUCCGUUUGCACGGGAAACGGGAGGACUCUCAAGGGACGGGAUUUGAGCCAAGUCCGUAACUCCGUUCUCCGCCUCACCGGCUUUCUCGAAACGUGAUGGGAAUUUUGAAUUAAAUUCGAUUAUUUAGGAAUUGUUUCAACGGAUUGUUUCAGAAAUUAGAUGUUAAUAUAUUAUAGUGAUUGUCGGAAUUUCCAAGAAAUUGUGUGACUCCGUUUGUUGUAAGAAAAUGGAAGAGGAAAAAUGUUUUGCAAAAAAAGAAGCGAUUGAAUUAGAAAAGAUAAAGAAGAAAGGGUUUUUUUAA